AUGCUGAGAGAAUGGAAGCCAGACUUUGACCUAAAAAGGGACAUGCUCAGAACUCUACCAAUUUGGGUGAAACUGCCUAAGUUGCCUCUGCACCUAUGGGGAGCUAAGAGCCUUAGCAAGAUAGGGAGUGCUAUAGGGGUGCCCCUGGUUACAGAUGAGUGCACGGCUAACAAAUUGAGGGUCUCUUAUGCACGAAUCUUUGUUGAGAUUGAUAUCACAAAGGAGAUGCCAAAAGAAAUAGCAAUCAAGGAUUGUGAAGGGAGAAAGCUGCUACAACCAGUCGAAUAUGAAUGGAAGCCUUUGUAUUGUGAGAGAUGCAAAAGCAUUGGACACAAAUGCAAAGAGUAUGUCAAGAAACAAUGGAAACCAAAAAUAGUGCCACUAGCUCAGAACACUAUCCCAGAGCAGGUCAAGGAUGCAGAUGAUGCUGACAGAAGGAAGGGGAAGGAGAUAUGCAAGGAAACUGUGGUGGAACAAGAGGACAACAGUUGGACUACCAUUGGAUCAGCUUCAAAGGAUAAAGGUAAGAGAGUCAUUACUAAUUCUCUGAUAGAUAUCAAUUGUGCUAAUGGUUUUGAGGCUCUUGGGGUUUUGAAUGACUCCAUAAAGACCUUGGAUAGGGGACCAUGUUGA